CCGAGCCAGCUGUUUCCUGUCGUUACUGAAGUCUGAGAGAAUGGAGAUGCUGCCGGUGAACGGGACGGACUUCCAGCCGUCCGAGUACAGCUUCGAGCGGCGCUUCGACGAGCGGGGAGCGAUCGAGUGGAUGCAGGCCAACUGGAAGAGCUCGUUCGUGUUCUGCGUGCUGUACGUCGCCCUGGUCUUCGGAGGGCAGCACUACAUGAAGACACGCCCCAAGCUCAACCUGCGCCGGCCGCUCAUCCUCUGGUCACUGAGCCUCGCCAUCUUCAGCAUCGUCGGGGCGAUCCGGACCGCUCCCUACAUGUUCCACGUCCUGAGCUCCAGCGGCUUCAGACAGUCCAUCUGUGACCGGAGCUUCUACAACGGCCCGGUCAGCAAGUUCUGGGCGUACGCCUUCGUCCUCAGCAAGGCUCCCGAGCUCGGCGACACGGCGUUCAUCGUGCUGAGGAAGCAGAAGCUGCUCUUCCUGCACUGGUACCACCACAUCACCGUGCUGCUCUACUCCUGGUACUCCUACAAAGACAUGGUGGCCGGCGGCGGCUGGUUCAUGACCAUGAACUACACCGUGCACGCGCUCAUGUACAGCUACUAUGCGGCCCGUGCCGCCGGGCUGCGCGUGCCCCGCCCUUUUGCCGUGCUGAUCACCAGCGCUCAGAUCGCUCAGAUGGCGAUGGGCGUGGCGGUGAGCGCGUUGGUGUACCGCUGGAUGCAGCAGGGAGACUGCCCCUCCAGCCUGGACAACAUCGUGUGGGCCGCCAUCAUGUACGUCAGCUACCUGCUGCUCUUCUCCAACUUCUUCUACCAGACGUACCUGCGCCCCGACGCCAAGACCACCAAGACCCAGUAAAACCAGCAGAACCAGCAGAACCAGCCGGGAGGUUAAACUGAAGCUGCUGGAACAUGACCUUUACUUUUUUACCCGUUUUUACUGGACAGGAUGGAAAAACCUGUGACUGACACUGAGGGGGCGGGGCCAACACACAGCUACACAUAACCUUCAUAGUUGAUCUGCCCUUUGAUGCUUUCCUGCGUCAGUGAUGAUGAAGGCUGGUUUCACCCUCCUCAGUCAUCAGGCUGGAAUGUCCCCCGAGCACCGAUCCAGCCUCUCCCAGCAUUCCUCCUCGCACUGGUUCCACUGGUUCCACCUGCUCGCCACACCUGCCCUCGCUCACCCGGGUGGAGCACAGACGGUUUCUGUCACUCCUGCAUGUUUGAAGCUUCGUGAAUCCUUUGAAUGUAAGAGCAGUGCUUUGCUCUGAUUGGUCCGUCUCGGUGACGCUGGGGAGGUCCUUAACCUCAGCUCCCUUUAAACUCAAGUUCUGACCUCACUUCCUGUGGCGUUUACAUACGUGAUCAGGAGGUUUUUCCAUCCUGUCUCAUUUCACU